AUGGGGCUCGGAAUGGGUCCUCCAGGAAUGGACAUGUUGAGCAAUCCAUACGGGUACGCCAACUACUACAACUUUCGUUGUGUUCCACCGAUGGGGCUCGGAAUGGGUCCUCCAGGAAUGGACAUGUUGAGCAAUCCAUACGGGUACGCCAACUACUACAACUACCGAUGUAGAAACCUACUCGGUGGCGGCAUGUACAAUCCGUAUAUGGGAUCAAUGAUUGGGAAGAAGUGA